CGGCCACCCUUUUUGGGUCCUCAGCACACGAGUUUGUUUACAUCCACGUCACCAGGAAACUCAUCCUCCUGUGUGAGAAAUGGAUCGACAGGACUCUCAAGAUUCUCCCCUUUUUGGUGAGGAGGACGAGAACUACAGGCAACAAAAGUCUAAUAUUAGACAUCCUUUGACAUCCUUCUUCCACCUCUUCUUCCGGACAUGUGCCAUCUUGGUUUAUUUACUGUGUGAUUUUCUCAGUGGCCGAUUUAUUGUCUGCAUGGUCACCAUCAUCCUCCUGCUCUCAUGUGACUUCUGGACUGUAAAGAAUGUAUCUGGCAGAUUGCUGGUUGGCCUUCGGUGGUGGAAUCAAGUCGAUGAAGAUGGAAGAAGCCGAUGGGUGUUUGAAUCAAGGAAGGCCGGUAGUGUCAGCAAAACCACCGCUGCAGAGUCACGGAUCUUCUGGCUUGGACUGACUGUGUGCCCCAUCUUCUGGGUCAUCUUUCUAUUCAGCACCAUCUUCUCCUUUAACAUCAAAUGGCUGGUGGUAAUUCUCUGCUGUGACCUUGUACCUCAGGCGGUGGUAAUAAUGGGACUGGUUUUGCAAUGGGCCAAUUUGUAUGGUUAUGUCAGAUGCAAAGUGGGUGGAAAAUCCAGCCUUAGAAACAUGGCACAGACCUACCUCACUGGGCAGGUUUUCAAACAGGUAAUGAAGGAAACAGAGAAAACAUAAAACUGAACUGCAGACAUCCAGACUAAAAAGGUGGUGGUGCUCAUAACCCGGUGGAUCUAUUCUAUGUUCUGAGUUAUUUCGUUGUCUUUCUUCUUCCUGUUUCGCCACAUAAGGUGAUUUUGAGGAAAUUCACUGUUAUGAUGAUGGUAAAGUUUAUUUUUGUAAGUUCUCCUAGGCUUUAGGAUGAAUGAAUGUUGGGGAAAAGUGCAUUAAUAUAUAUAAAAAUAUUUUUGUUACUUUAAAUAAACUCUAUUUUUCUGUUCAAAUGUUUGUUGCGAAUCAAAGCCUUUGUAUGAUUUAUAAUUGUAAUAAAAAUAAUAAUUUCAAAUAUUUUUGAGAAAGUGUUGGGUUUCCUAAAAUAAAUCACAAACUCCAUUUCCAAAUAUAGAAUUCUUAGGAUUUAUACAUUUUUACCAAUUGCUUCUAUAAUAAACAAACAGACCUCAGUCAGUGCGGGUCAGACAGAACACCUCUGAUGUCAUCAUCCUAAGCACAGGCUCCCAUCAGGGCUGCGUCCCGAGCCCCCACUGUUUACCCUGAUGACACAUGACUGCGCCCCCAGGUUCACCACCAAUUGCACUGUGAGUUUACAGACGACACCACGGUGGUGGGCCUCAUCAGUGACGACAACGACCAGAAAUACUGAGAUGAGGACUGGUGCAAAGAUAAUAGCCUGAUUCUGAAAGUGGAGAAGAUGAAGGAGAUCAUCUUGGACUUCAGGAAGAACCAGCCUAACCACGCUCCACUGGUCAUCAACAGCUCAGCAGUAGAGGUGGU